AUCAGUGAAGUACUAUGAUGCUUCAGAUCAAAUGCUGUGAUGCUUCGAAGAUAGUAGUCAUAACCUAUUAUCCAUAGAAAUGCUUGAUGCCUAGCCUGACAUAGAGCAAUUAAUCAUGUAUCCUGUCAAGACGCGAUCUCCAAGUCCAUCCCCGUUCACCAUGGCUCUUUUGCAAGAUGAGACUUAUAAGUCAUCUGUCAAGGAACACUUGGAGGCAGGAAUGCAGGAGCUGGUGAUCCUCGCUGGGCUUCUGCUCCUUCCAUGGUCAAAUGAGGAGGCAACCUGUGCUAAAACCCGUGAUCACAUCAGCAAAGCAUCCAACCAUUUUUCUGAGUCUGAACAGAAGCUAGAAUCUCGCCUGCAGCUACUUGAUUCCCAGUUGGAGGCCUUAAUAGCAAUGAAGAAAUUCAUGGAAGAUGAUCUGCAGGAGAAGAAGGGGAACUUGGCCGACCUGAGAACCCAGAUUGUGGCCCUCAAGGAAGGCCAGAAGAAGUCCCAGGAAAUGCUGGAAACUGCAGACUUGCAUCUGGAAAACACAAAGGAGCAGCUGAGAUUGGCUCAUGAGGAAAUGGCAAAGAACCAUGCGGGACGGGGAAUUGGCCUCCGGUUGAUGGUCCUGCCAGGGCUUGGGUCACUCAUUGGAGCUGGCAUGGUUGUCGGUUAUCAGGUGGCCCUGGACUCAGCUGAGAAUCUAGUCAAUGAGGCCCAACAGGCAGUGGACCUCUACGCAUCAGAAAUAGCUGGUUACAGUGAUGAGAUUGCACACUUCUCCCAAAAGGAACAGGAGGUGCAAGCCGAGAUAAAUUCCACAGAUCAGAGGAUCCCCCAGAUUCAAGCGCAGUGUGAUGAGCUGCUUGUUCUCCAGAGGGACGUAACAGCGCAGCAGUCCUGGAUCAGAAAAUGCCUUUCCCUGUUGGAUCUAUUGGCAGGCAAGAUUCACGCAGCUGAAGUCAUGUCCAGCCAUGCCUGUGUCCCUGAGUCGCUGAUGGACAUCUUAGAGGAAAUUGCAGGAGUGGUGGGCGGGAAGGAUUGGGCAUUCCAUGCUGAUAAAGAACUCCAGACUUCAGUUCUGGAAAUCAGCAAAGCUGUGAAUUCUUUGAGAGCCAGGGCAGGAAAGAGCAUGCCCAUUGAUGGCUGACGCCCCCAUGGCCUUUCUGAUCAUACAGAUUUUAAAAAGUGUUAUGCCUGUUUUCUCAUUCCAUUUACCCAUUUCUGAUGUGCACUCAAUGAGUAUCUACAUGCUGAAGCUUAUCUGCAAGUUUUGUAUGCAUUGCACUAGCACAAUAUUGUGUUGGGAACAGAGUCUCACAACUGUGCUAGGUCAUGCUGUAUUUUAAAAUUCUGCAAAUGUUGAUGUCCUGAAACAUUCUGAAUGUUCAGUGUAAUAAGCAUGCCUUGUCUUUUGUGUAUUGCUUCUAUAACCAGGGAUCCGUAUUUCUGUUCACAGCUGUUGUCAAGGGGGGGGGAGUCAAUGCUAGUCCUACACAGAGUAUACCCAUUGAGAUUAAUAACUAUUACUAACUUAGGUUCAUUCAUUUCAAUGGGUCUAUUCGGAAUAAGACUUAGUUGGAUACAACCCAAGGCAAGUAUUUUGCUGCCUCUUGUGAGGGUGAUAAGAGGAGCCCCAGCCUUCCUCUCGGUCUUAGGAGGGGAUCAUAGGGAUUAGGUGGUGGAAUAUGGAGGCAAUUGGAGACUUUCCCUCCUGCUUACAAAGACCUACGUAAAUGAUGUGUGAGAUCCGGGCUAAGUUUGUUGGGCUUAGUUCCCAUUGAAAUCAAUGGGGCUUAAGUCAGACAUGACUAAUUUUUCAUAUGGAUUUCAAUAAGACCUAAUUUAGUCUGUAUCCAAUCCUGUCUAGAUAAGUUUUCUUCACAAAGAGGUUGUGAUGGCACUUUCCCUCUCCCCCUCGAUGUGGAGAGAAUCAUGUUUAAUUCACAAUGGUUGUGGUCAGUAUUGUUUGCUAAAGGUCAUCUUUAAAGGUUAUAAUACACUUUCACAGGUCUUCUUAAGCUCUGUAUACGAUUACAGUGUAAACAAUGCAGUCCUGUGCAUGUUAAGUAUGUUCCGCUGUGUUCAAUGGGGCUUACUCCCUAAUAAGUGUGUUUAGGCUUGUAGCCUUAGCUAACUAUGAUUCUGUGACCUUUAAGAUAAGAACCCUGACUCACAUAUACAAUUUUGAGGGAGUCAGUGCAACAGUUAGAUUAGAAUGCUGUUUUAUGUUUAUUUUUAUAUGUCUGCAAUGGUUAUGUUUUUGCUGGAAUAAAUUUUACUUUUUGUUAACAGUUCAGAAUUCUUG